AUGUAUUUAGAAAGUCCAGAGUAUAUAAAACAUUCAUUUGGAUUUUCGCAUAGUUUAACAACAUCGGCGUCAUCGUUGAAUAGAUUUGGACUAUCUCCUAAGCGUUCCUUACGACGUCUAUCACAAAAUAUAGGCGGAUCUCAACAACAGACUAGUCUCUUUGGAAGUGCAUUCAUGAAUGUUUUCGGCAGCCAAUCUGUUGAUGGUCAGUCUUCUGGAAACUCUGACACUUCACGUCUACCUAUCUCAUCAUCGCGCCGUAGUCAAAGAGAUCGACUAGGAAAUAUUAUCAGUGAACAAUCCAAUCGUUGCAACAUGAACAGCAUGACUAGUACUAGUAGUAGUAAUGCAACAGAGGAGUCAUUUACAAAUCAACAUGUUUCAGGCAUAAAACACCUACCUGAACAAUCACAGCAAAUAGAUCUUUCUCAAUGUACUGUGCAUAUACGUGGUUUAUCACGUCCUGAAGUAACUCAUUUGAAUCGUAAUGCAUUGGGCGCGAUUGCUGCUUCAGCUGUCAGUCCUCUGAUAUCAUCUGCUAAUAUUACUACACCUUCUAGUCAAAUUAUUCACCUACCUUCUUCAAUGAAUAGCUCCAUUUCAACCUGUAAUGAUGUGGUUACAAAUAAUAAUAAUAUCUCUGUGUCGACAACAGCUGUACGUGAUAUAAGCUAUCGAAAUAAAAUAUCGAAUGAAUUGAACAAUCUGAUUGGUUCAUCAUCGGUGGUGGGACCUCAGCCUACAGUUACGUCUAGUAAUCCAUUACCACAGCUUUCACCUCAGUUUAUGUUUAACGUUGUCACUGAGACUGUCAUCAAUGGUGUACGAAGACAGGUGGUAAAGGUAACAAGAAAAUACUCAGAAUUUUAUGUUCUUGAACAAAAGUUGAUAGAAUUUCAUGGUUCAUUUAUUACAAAACAAUUACCUCGACGUCAGUUAACACCACGUUCAAUGGAGUUUCUUGAAAGUAAAUGUGAAAUCUUUGAAAGUUAUCUACAGUAUUUAAUUUCACAACCAUUUCUUCGAAAAAGUAAACUACUCUACAGUUUUCUUACAUCCAAUGAACCAUUUAAUACAAAUUUGUUUGAAUUGAAUUUGGGGCGGUUUGUUAAAUCUGUCCCAUUGAAGUUAACAAAAGAGAAAGGUCAAUUUUUGGAUGAUUUUCUAACUUCCUAUUACUUAUCCUGUCAUCCACAACCAAUUGAAACUGAUAACACUUUUGAUGAACACGAAGUAACCAAAUCAAAAUCCUUGUCAACUUAUCCAUCAAUUAAUUCGACUGUGGGUGGUGUUAAUACUACUUUCAACUUCUUACUAAAUAGUAGUGACCAUAAUCCACGAUCAAAUAAAGCAUCUAUUAGCUCACAAUUGACUAUGCCCAAGUCAAUAUUCAGUCAGUUUAGAACAGAUAAAUUCGUUGUUGAACAUUGUACAGAUUAUUACAGUCGUUAUGUAUUGAAUUCUGUACAGUAUAAAUCUCAAGGUCGGACUAGUUUGGAUCAUCGUCUACGCUCUCGUGUCUAUUGGAAUAAUGCUGGAUUAACCUAUGAGAAGCGAAAGGAUACAACCAAUGAUUCCUCUCAAUUAUCAACUGUUCAUCUAGAUGGAUUAUCAGAAAUGAUUUUUUAUCUCUUUGAUAAAAUAAUCACCUGUUCUCCGAUUUCAUCAUCAUCUUCAUCCAAUCAACAAUCUUGGUUACCUUCUUCAAUUGAAACUAAAGUCUCUAUAGAUGCAACAGUUGAAAGUAAAACUGAUUCUCAAUUAUCUACAGAUAUAAAUUCACUAGACAAUAAACUUUCAAUAGAUCCUUGGGAUGUUACUAAUCCAUGUUGGAGUGAAGCAUUUCUUAAUGGUCCACCUAUACCGAUUGUCAAAGACAAUAAUAAUAAUAAUAAUAAUAAUAAUAAUACAUAUGAAACUAUUGACUAUCAAUCUGUACAACAGCCAACAUUUAUAUCACAGUUAUCAUCAUGCAAUAAUAUGAAAAUAGAUAAUCAAUCAACUAAUACUUCUAUUGAAGGCAACAAUAAUUUAAAACUUACAGUACCAAUUUUAUCAAUCAGUUUACAAGAUCUAUGCUUAGCAUUGUAUGAAUUAUACGCACUAAUUGGAAAACAAUGUAAAAUGUGUUUACGUCAAUUGCUACUACGUAUCGGUUUUAUACUGAUUACCUAUUUUAAAACACCAAUUGAUAAUUGGUUAACUAAAUAUCUUAUGCUCUACUUUUAUAAUACUUUUUCAGAUGAAAACUUCGCCAAUAUGUUAGACAAUAUAAAAACAAACAUAUUUUUUCAUUCUACUAAAAAGGUUGAUAUGGAUAAAUCUGAACGUAAAGAAAAAGCGCGUGCUGCACUUGAGAAAGCAGUGCUUGAUAUAACUGGUAUUUCUUAUUUAACUGAUGUGGAAAAGAUACGUGAAAAAGUGAAUCUUGUCUUUGAUUGUUUUCAAUACUCAAAAUGGAAUAAACAAUUAACUUAUGCUUUACUUGAUCAAUUUAUAUUAGAAUUAUUCCCUGAACUUGGUUUCAAUAACAAUGACAACAUCAGUAGAGAUGUUAGAAAAGAGUCUUCUCAAUAA